ACAAAGUCUACGGCUCAAUGGAAAAUAAGCAUCCGAUAAAUCCUUAAUCACACUCAGACCAGCUGGAAUUUUUAACAAUUUCAGUUAAUUAAAAAUCUUAAUCCAAUUCCAUCCCGAUCUUGUCUCUCACUUUCUCUUAAUUGUUAAUAUUCGCCCCUCUUGUUUUGCCAGAUAAAGUGGCCUCAAGAAACCAAAACCCAAACUGAUGCCAGCAAAAUUCCGAAAACAAGAAACCAAUUUGCUGACCCGUUUCCCUCUAUAAUACGGCUUUCUAUCUCUCCGGAGCACAGAGCCAGAGGGAUAGAUACAUUUUUUGCAGCGAUCCGGCUUUUCUUUGAUGGCUGCCUACCGUUGUGUAGACUUUUUGUAGUGUCUUGUUUUGAGAGCGGCGGAAAGUGGAAAAUGCAGAAGCGGAGAUGGAGGGCGGUGGUGGUUUUGCGAAAGUUGCUAACGUGUGCCAUAUGCGCAAUAACGAUGAUGGCUCUGCUCUCUGUACACGUGCAGGUAUUCCCUUCCUCCAAGGUUCCUGACUUACCUGAACCUUACAAGCUUCCCACUACCACCACUCAGCAGCUUGAUGUCAAUAAAUACUCAAGAGUGAGCAUUGAACAAGAACAAAGUUGGAGCAAAGAGCAAACGCCAUCCCAUUUGUCCAAACCACCUCUUCCUUCUCACAAGUUGGAUGGUGCUAGGGGAAAUUCGGAUUCCAAGCUAUGGAAGCAUCCACCAUAUCGUGAUUAUUGGCCAUGUGUGGAGCCUAGUUCUAACUAUACAUUUCCUGGGGAGUCAAAAGGUUACCUUCUCGUUCAUACAAAUGGUGGGCUUAACCAGAUGCGAGCUGGGAUUUGUGAUAUGGUAGUUGUUGCCCGAAUAAUAAAUGCCACUCUUGUUGUUCCAGAACUGGAUAAAAGAUCAUUUUGGCAAGACACCAGCAACUUUUCAGAUGUUUUUGAUGAAGAUCAUUUUAUCAGUGCUCUAGCCAAUGAUGUAAAAGUCAUAAAAAAGCUUCCUAAAGAAAUGGUUAGUGCUGCCAAAAUAGUUAAGCAAUUUAGAAGCUGGUCUGGUAUGGACUACUAUCAAGGGGAGAUAGCAAGCUUGUGGGAAGAUUAUCAGGUUAUUCGAGCUGCCAAGUCUGACUCUCGCCUGGCAAACAACAAUCUUCCCCCAGAUAUUCAGAAGCUGCGUUGCCGUGCUUGUUAUGAAGCCCUCCGUUUUGCGCCUCGAAUUGAAGAGAUGGGAAAAAUAUUGGUGGAGCGAAUGAGAUCGUAUGGUCCAUACAUUGCUUUACACUUACGAUAUGAAAAGGACAUGCUUGCCUUUAGUGGAUGCACACAUGGUUUAUCUAGUGCUGAAGCUGAUGAGUUAAAGAAGAUUAGAGAAGAAACUGCGUACUGGAAAGUAAAGGAGAUUGAUUCUAGGGAGCAGAGAUCCAAAGGUUAUUGCCCUCUAACUCCAAAGGAGGUUGCUAUGUUUCUCACUGCACUUGGAUACCCCUCAGACACCCCCAUAUACAUUGCCGCAGGAGAGAUAUAUGGAGGUGAUUCUCGCAUUGCUGAUCUGCAAUCCCGCUAUCCUAUUUUAAUGAGCAAGGAAAAAUUGGCAUCUGUCGAGGAGCUUAAACCAUUUACUAAUCAUGCUUCUCAAAUGGCUGCGCUUGACUAUAUUGUGUCCAUUGAAAGUGAUGUGUUUAUUCCAUCAUAUUCUGGAAACAUGGCAAGGGCAGUGGAAGGUCACCGUCGUUUUCUGGGACAUAGAAAAACAAUUUCUCCUGAUAGGAAGCAACUUGUUCAUAUGUUUGACAAAAUUGAACGAGGAAAACAGAAAGAAGGUGAAGAUUUAUCAAAAAAGAUUAUUGAAAUGCACAAAAAACGGCAAGGAUCCCCAAGGAAGAGAAAAGGUCCCAUCUCAGGAACAAAGGGUAUGGAAAGGUUUCGUUCCGAGGAAGCCUUUUAUGUAAAUCCCUUGCCAGAUUGUUUGUGUCGGAGGCAAUCACCAAAUCUGAACGGCUCUCUUGUGAUCAAGUAGUUUGGACGCAGGAUAAAAUUUCCCUUUUGGAAAAAAUAUUCCCUGUGAUGGCUGGAUACUGACAAUUUGACAAGUCAGUAUCUGUAGAAGCUUUUACAAACUGGUUGUGCCAUCAUAAGACUAGGGAUGCGGAUUCUGUACAUCUUGAGUUUAGGCAAGGAUGAUGAUAUGAUGGAGAUGUAGAUGACGAAUGUAUCACAGUUUGCUGCAAGGAAGAAGUGGGCAAUACCUGAAAACUGGAUUCCCUUUCUAUAAAGGAGGAAUAUAGCAAGUGCAUGGACUUACUGGCAAAAAAAUUCAUCUACUAGCAUAAGGAUUCGUUGGGUUUAUGAUACUUGUGUUACUGCUAAUCUCAGAAAUAACGUUUCUUUUUUUUUUUUUUGAUUUUUCUUUAUUAUUAUUAUUAUUAUUCCUCUCCUUUAUAAUUUGUUCUUCUUUUUUAAUGUAUUUAUUCUAUUAAUGUAAUUCAUUGCAAUAAAAUGAAAUAAUUACUUUAAA